GCUCCAGAGUUGAAGACCAUGCAUUUAGCCUUGGGUUAUAAUCGCAAAGGGCACGGAGUACCUUCUAAAACUGAGUGGCUGCUCGUUUCUUCUGAAGCUUGUCUCACUUCCUCUCUGCUGGUGUGUUCACCUGGUGAAUGCAAGCAGAGUUCACUGAAGUGAGCAUUACUGGACAUCUGUUCUGGAGCCAUUCUCUGUGACCAGCUGGCCAUGGGACCUUCAGCAACCUGCUUCUUUUUUCCUGGAUUUUUGUCUUCUCCUUUCGGCAUUGAUGGAUUUCUGCGGAGUUUUAAUAUAUGACAGCUUCAGAUCUGAUCUUCCACCUGGGUCCCUAUCUCACUUGCGUUUCCUUGGCCACAGGAUGCAAUGAAGUCAUAUCACCCCUGAGGUUCUCCCAGUUACUGGUAUAUUUUUUUUCUGUGUCCCAUUUUUGAAGAUGUGUUCACCAAAUCUGUUGUGACUCCUCUAUUCUUCUAGUGGAAACCAGAACCAGCCAAUGGCCAUUGAAAAUGACACGAGGGUCACUGAAUUCAUUUUCACAGGUUUGAGUUACAACCCCCAGUUUCAGGUCUUCCUCUUCCUGCUCUUCCUGAGUUUCUACCUCAUCAAUCUCACUGGAAACUUGGGUAUGAUUAUUCUGAUUCGGGUUGAUUCCCGCCUUCACACGCCCAUGUACUUUUUCCUCAGCCACUUGUCCUUUGUGGACAUCUGCUUCUCCUCUGUUGUGAGCCCCAAGAUGCUCAUUGACUUCUUCGUGAAGAGGAAGGUCAUCUCUUUCUUGGGCUGUGCUUUGCAACAGUGGUUUUUUGGGUUCUUUGUGGCAGCAGAGUGUUUUCUGCUGGCGUCCAUGGCCUAUGACCGCUAUGUGGCCAUCUGCAACCCAUUAUUGUAUUCCGUUGCCAUGUCCCAGAGACUGUGUAUCCAGCUGGUGGUUGGUCCCUACAUCAUCGGGUUCGUGAACACCAUGACCCAUACAACGAAUGCAUUUUGUCUUCCUUUUUGUGGCCCCAAUGUCAUUAAUCAUUUCUUCUGUGAUAUGUCCCCCCUGCUUUCCCUCGUAUGUGCUGACAGCAGGCUUACUAAGUUGGUGGUUUUUGUUGUGGCUGGAGCUGUGGGAGCCUUCAGUGGUCUGACUAUCGUGGUCUCCUACAUUUACAUCCUCAUUGCCAUCAUGAAGAUCCACUCUGCCGAGGGCAGGUGCAAAGCCUUUUCUACCUGUUCUUCUCACCUGACGGCUGUCUCCAUCCUAUAUGGUACUCUUUUCUUUAUUUAUGUACGGCCUAGUGCAAGUUUCUCAUUGGAUAUCAAUAAAGUGGUGUCGGUGUUUUACACAGCAGUGAUCCCCAUGUUGAACCCACUUAUCUACAGCUUGAGGAACAAGGAGGUCAAAGAUGCGAUCCACAGGACGGUUACUAGGAGGAAGAUGUGUAGGGCCUAA